AUGGUCAAGAAGUUCAUCGGGCAACACCUUAUUUGUCGGUUCGACAACCCGCGCCGGCUCAUCUCAGACAACGGAAGACAGUUUGUCGGUCGGCAACUCAGAGAGUGGUGCGAAGGAUACGACAUCCAGCAGACCUUCACUUCAGUGGCUUACCCCCAGAGAAAUGGUUGGGUGGGCGCGCUUCCAGGCUUAUUGUGGGCAAUCCGAACGACGCCAAAGGAGGGGACGGAUGUCACACCUUUCCACUUGGUGUAUGGGGGUGAGGCAAUCGUUCUCGUCAAAGUCGGAAUAGAAUCUGACCGGGUGCAGCAGUACGAUGUGGACAACGCCGAGCGAAGACAACUGGAGCUUGAUUUGGUGGAUGAGACGAGCACCAAGGCGGACGCUCAACUGACGGCCUAUUGGCAAAGAAUGAGGCAAAGAUACAACCGGCGGGUGAUCCCCCGAUCCUUUCAGGUCGAUGACCUAGUAUGGAGAAAGGUGAAACCGGUCGGUGACCUCGGCAAGCUGGAGGCUCCGUAG